AUCAUUUGGGACAGACUUUGAUGGGGUUGGUGAGGACAUGAGCAUGAGCAGAGCCCCGAUCCGAACUGAUCUGAGCUCAACCCCACUGAGGAUUAUUGGGAUGAACUGGAAUGUCUCUCAGAUUAUCGAAUGUGGGCAAAUUCUCAUAACAUCAGUCCAACACCUUGUGCGUUUCAGAAAAGAGGAGACUAAACAGGGUUUUGAACAGGGAUGUGAAGCGAGCUCCCAGUCAGGGUGUCCACAUAUUUUAGCCACCUAUCAGUCUGUGCACUAUGUUAUGUGUGGAUGCUCGAGUGUACGUUAAGUUUCAUGAUCCUUGACCUGAGCUCUACGUGGUUCGAGCGAGUCAGCAUGCUGGUGAUCCUGCUCAACUGUGUCACCCUGGGCAUGUUCCAGCCGUGCCAGGACCUGGAGUGCCACUCGGAGCGCUGCAGCAUCCUGCAGGCGUUCGACGACUUCAUAUUCGCGUUCUUCGCGGUGGAGAUGGUGCUGAAGAUGGUGGCCCUCGGCAUCUUCGGUCCGAGGUGUUACCUUGGCGACACGUGGAAUCGUCUCGACCUGUUCAUCGUCAUGGCAGGGAUGUUGGAGUACUCACUCGAUGGACACAAUGUCAAUUUGUCUGCAAUCAGGACCGUCCGAGUUCUCAGGCCGCUCCGAGCCAUCAACAGAGUGCCCAGUAUGCGCAUCUUGGUGACGUUGCUGCUGGACACGUUACCCAUGCUGGGAAACGUUUUGCUGCUUUGCUUCUUCGUGUUCUUUAUUUUUGGGAUCGUCGGCGUGCAGUUGUGGGCGGGGCUUCUGCGCAACCGCUGCUUCCUGGACACGGACGUGAGGACGCUGUAUAACCUCUCUCACCCGCUGAGCGAUUACUACAAACCGGACGACUCGGACGACAUCGCCUUCAUCUGUUCGACCAACCGGGAGAACGGGAUGCUGCGCUGCUUCGACGUCCCCGUCCGCAGAGAGGGCGGAGCUCGCUGUCAGCUCGGUCCCGCUAACAUCACACACCUCGCUUCUCGGGACGCCGCCCAAGCCGGGUGUGUCAACUGGAACGCGUUCUACAACAACUGCAGGGCCAGCGGGCAGAAUCCACACAACGGAGCCAUCAACUUCGACAACAUCGGAUAUGCCUGGAUCGCCAUCUUCCAGGUCAUCACCCUGGAGGGCUGGGUGGACAUCAUGUACUAUGUGAUGGACGCGCACUCCUUCUACAACUUCAUCUAUUUCAUCUUCCUCAUCAUUGUGGGCUCCUUCUUCAUGAUCAAUCUGUGCCUGGUGGUCAUCGCCACCCAGUUUUCGGAAACGAAGCAGCGCGAGAACCAGCUGAUGCGCGAGCAGCGCGCCCGCUUCCUGAGCAACGAGUCCAUGCUGAGCAGCCUGGCGGAGCCCGGCUCGUGCUACGAAGAAUUAAUCAAUUACCUCGUCCACCUUCUACGCAAGUCUUACCGUCACGUCGUCCAUUUCUACAGCGGCGUGUGGAAGCGGAGCAAGAGCUCCACCCCCGCCGAUUCCACCGCCGGCAGCGGAGCCAACGGACACUGGAGCAACGGCGACAAGGCCGAGCUGAGCCAGCGUCACCUCCACCAUCAUCACCACCAUCAUCACGUCCAUGUCGGGAACGGCACGGACGCGCUGGAGAUGAAGGCUCUGCUGAUGGCCGCCGAGAAACACCCCCCCAAAUACACCCCGUCCUUCCCCCUGGCUCUACACGGCAUCAAGGGCCUCGGUGUGAACUACCCCACCAUCCUCCCACUGGCGCUCUUCACCCACUCACGUGUUCACCUUGGCUGUGCGAAAGGGGCCAAGACCAACCCACAGCAUGGCCCCAGUACCACUGGCUUCCAAAACACCACCAGCACGAUUCAGCACGGUGUGUACCCAGGUGUUUGUUCAAGUGCAUGCACAGGAGCUGGCACCAAACUGGUACCCUGCGAGAUGUCGACAUGCCCGAUCCGUGCCCGCGAGGCUGACGGCCUCAGCUGCAACUCCAGCUGCGAUUCGGACGCCGAGAGGGACGGCGGCGAGGCCGAGGGUAAGAAACAGAGCUGGGACGCCGAGCGGAACAAGAGGACGAGGAGCGGGAACGUGCUGGGCGCGUGCGUGCGGUGUGUGAGGGGCGUGCUGAGGAGGAUAGUGGACAGCAAGUACUUCAACCGGGGCAUCAUGAUCGCCAUCCUCAUCAACUCACUCAGCAUGGGGGUGGAGUACCACGAACAGCCUGCUGAGUUAACAGAUGUGCUGGAGAUCAGUAACAUCGUCUUCACCAGCCUGUUCUCCCUGGAGAUGGUGCUGAAGCUUCUGGCUUGCGGCCCGCUAGGCUACAUCAGUAACCCGUACAACAUCUUCGACCUGAUCAUCGUCAUCAUCAGUGUGUGGGAGAUCACCGGUCAGGCGGACGGAGGCCUGUCGGUUCUGCGCACCUUCCGUCUGCUGAGGGUUUUGAAGCUGGUGCGCUUCCUGCCGGCCCUGCGCAGGCAGCUGGUGGUCCUGAUGAAGACCAUGGACAACGUGGCCACCUUCUGCAUGCUGCUCAUGCUCUUCAUCUUCAUCUUCAGUAUUUUAGGCAUGCAUCUGUUUGGCUGUAAGUUCACACUGCGCACGGAGAACGGAGACACCGUCUCAGACAGGAAGAACUUCGACUCGCUCCUCUGGGCCAUCGUCACCGUCUUCCAGAUCUUGACCCAGGAGGACUGGAACGUGGUGCUCUAUAACGGCAUGGCCUCCACGUCUCCGUGGGCGGCGCUGUACUUCGUGGCUCUCAUGACCUUCGGCAAUUACGUCCUCUUCAACCUGCUGGUGGCCAUUUUGGUGGAGGGAUUCCAGGCUGAGGGCGACGCCAGCAGGUCAGAGAGCGACAAUGACAUUUACUCCGACUUUGGUGAAGAGGAAAGGUUGAGGGAACUGCUGUGCUCAGGUUCGGAGGUCAAAAUGCAAUCUCUGAUGCCCGUCUCUAACGGGCACUUGGAGCCCAGAGCGACCAUGCCCCCCUACCACACGAUCACGAUCGCCGCGCCCAGAACCGAAGUGUCUCACUACGAGAGCCAAUCACGGCGCAGCAGCAACGCCUCCUAUGAGCAUCACGAGCUGCGGUCAGUGUCCAGUCUGUGGGGGAGUCGGCGCUCCAGCUGGCACAGCCUUGGUCGCGCCUCCAGCCUCAAGAAGCGCGGCCAGUCCGGAGAGCGCGAGUCGCUUCUGUCGGGCGACGGGCAGGACAGCCUCGAUGAUGACCAGUCGGAGGCGGGCAAGUCGAGCAGAGCGGGCAGCCUGGGCAAAGUUUCACACCUGGAGUCGUUCGAUGUGCCAGAACUGCUGCAGGUCCCACCCAUGCCACGCCCGUUCGGAGAAUGCAACGGUCGGGUGGAUGGACCGAACGGAGCGCAGCGAGAGGCGCCGCACCCGCAGGGUGAAGAGGAGGAGCAGCAGGAGAGCUGGUGCACGUUACUGAAGAGGAUCCUGGAGCCGUACAAGCCCCAGUGGUGCCUAGAUCACGACGACUGGUCCCUCUAUCUGUUCUCGCCUCAGAAUGAGUUCCGUCUGCGCUGUCAGAAGGUCAUCAGUCACAAGAUGUUCGAUCACGUGGUGCUCAUCUUCAUCUUCCUCAACUGCAUCACUAUUGCGCUGGAGAGGCCCGACAUCCAGCCGAGCAGCAUGGAACGAGUCUUUCUGAGUGUGUCCAAUUACAUCUUCACCGUGAUCUUCGUAGCUGAAAUGACAGUUAAGGUGGUUUCCAAGGGCCUGUAUGUGGGUCCAGGUGUGUAUUUGCAGAGCAGCUGGAAUGUUCUGGAUGGCCUGCUGGUGUUCAUAUCUAUCGUGGAUAUCUUGGUCUCUCUGGCCUCGUCCGGAGGGAACCGCAUUCUGGGGAUCUUACGAGUGCUGCGCCUCCUCAGGACGCUCAGACCGCUCAGGGUUAUCAGCAGAGCUCCUGGAUUAAAGCUGGUGGUGGAAACUCUGAUAACGUCCCUGAGGCCGAUCGGGAACAUCGUGCUGAUCUGCUGCGCCUUCUUCAUCGUGUUCGGAAUAUUAGGAGUUCAGCUCUUCAAAGGAAAGUUCUACCACUGCGAGGGCUUCGACACCAGAAACAUCACCAACAAGUCUGAGUGUCUGCAUUCAAAGUACCGCUGGGUUCGCCGCAAAUACAACUUUGAUAACCUCGGCCAGGCCUUGAUGUCAUUGUUUGUCCUGUCAUCUAAAGACGGCUGGGUCAACAUCAUGUACGAUGGGUUGGAUGCUGUGGCCGUGGACCAACAGCCCAUAAGGAACCAUAACCCGUGGAUGCUGCUGUAUUUCAUCUCCUUCCUGCUGAUCGUCAGCUUUUUUGUGCUGAACAUGUUCGUGGGCGUGGUGGUGGAGAACUUUCACAAGUGCCGCCAGGACCAGGAGGAGGAAGAGGCACGCCUCAGGGAGGAGAAGAGGCAGAAGCGGCUGGAGAAGAGGCGCAGGAAGGCUCUCCAGAGACCGUAUUAUGCAGACUAUUCCCCCGCUCGCCUCUACAUCCACACACUCUGCACCAACCACUACCUGGACCUCUUCAUCACCGUCAUCAUCGCCAUCAACGUCCUUACCAUGUCCAUGGAGCACUACAAUCAGCCCAAGUACCUGGAGGAGGCGCUGAAAUACUUCAACUACGUCUUCACCGUGGUGUUCGUCAUCGAGGCCGUGCUGAAACUGGUCGCUUUUGGCUUCAGGAGGUUUUUCAAAGAGAGGUGGAACCAGUUGGACUUGGCCAUCGUUCUGCUGUCCGUCAUGGGCAUCACCCUCGAGGAGAUCGACCUCAAUGCCUCACUCCCGAUUAACCCCACCAUCAUUCGUAUCAUGAGGGUGCUGCGCAUUGCCAGAGUGUUGAAGCUGCUGAAGAUGGCCACAGGGAUGAGGUCGCUGCUGGACACGGUGGUCCAGGCUUUACCCCAGGUAGGAAAUCUGGGUCUCCUCUUCAUGCUGCUGUUCUUCAUCUACGCAGCUCUGGGAGUCGAGCUCUUCGGAAAACUCGAAUGCUCGGAGGAGAACCCUUGUGAAGGUCUGAGCCGCCACGCUACAUUUGAGAAUUUCGGCAUGGCGUUCCUGACCCUGUUCAGAGUCUCGACUGGCGACAACUGGAAUGGAAUUAUGAAGGACACGCUGAGAGAGUGUAAGAGCGGCGACCGCUGCCUGAGCUACCUGCCGCUGGUCUCCCCGCUGUACUUCGUCACCUUCGUGCUGGUGGCUCAGUUCGUGCUGGUGAACGUCGUGGUCGCCGUGCUCAUGAAGCACCUGGAGGACAGCAACAAGGACGCCUGCGAGGAGGCCGAGAUAGAGGCCGAGCUGGCUGCCGAGCUACAGGCCUGUCGCCGCCAGAACACCGAAUCCACCGACGAGGUCUCCGGCUCCCAGUGUGCUUUACCUGUUCAGAUCGACGACUCUCGGGAUGAAAACCUGCUCUCCGUGGGGAAGCCCUCGAUAUCCAGGAUGCUCUCUCUGCCGAACGACAGCUACAUGUUCUACCCCAUUCAGUCUGAACACAGACCAUCUGAUCCUCUCCUCUCCAGAGGGAACUCCAUCGAGCAGAACACGCUUGAAGGUUCCGCUCUGUUGGUGAGCUCCCGGCCGUGCGCCUGGGGAUCCCUGCUGCAGGUUCCAGGUUCCACCCCACUCACCGGCUCCUUCUCCCAUUUAGAGCCCCGCCUUCAGCAUCGAGGGCCCGAACAGAAGUCUGUCAGGAUGCUUCAGAGACAGGAGGCUUUAAAGUGCGACUCGGUCGACUCGGUCCACCCUGGUUCCACAGACAGCGUGUGCUCGCAUCUCCAAGUGCCCAGCGUUCCUCUGACCGGAGGCUCCGUCCCUUGUUCGCCCCAGGCCACGCCCCCUCUGUGUCGCAGUCGGGCGGCCAGCGUCCGGACGAGCCGGCACACGUACAGUCAGCGCAGCAUCCCGUCCCGCAGGGCUACGCUCACACAACCGGCGGACGCACUGAACGUUACCGACGUCCGCGCGCACGCCAGCUCGUUCACUCGACCGGACCAGUCGGACGAAGAAGUGCGACAGAUCAUUUCCUCCGUCAGAAGAAAGGAUCUCCAGAAGCUCAGACGUAGCCACACAUCUACUCCUCACGUAGCAGCUACGCUGUGUCCCGCUGGCCAGACGCAGAAGGCCGGUAGCAGGCGGCGGGAUCUACGGAAGUACAACAGCAUGGACUCAACCUGUGUUGAGGGGUUCAAGCGGCAGCAUCCAAGGGCUCGGCAAAACAGCACGUCCUCCGAAACGCAAGACCUCGUUUUCCCCAGGAAGCACAAAAUGAGCCCGCCCUGCAUCUCCAUAGACCCGCCCAUAGACUUCGAACCGCAUUCUUCCACCCCCAACCAAAAGGGCAGCACGUUUCUGAAGAGGCGGACGCCGUCGUUCGACUCGGCUCUGCUACGAGAGUCGCUAGAUCUUCCUGAUUCCUCACAACGAGCGAACCCUCAGACACAACUCGAACCUCCUUCGUCGGUCCAUCUGCCCCUCCCUUCCUUUCCUCGGCUACCGUUUGACCAAUCAGACGCGAGCUAUCUGUCGGAACUGCUGUCGGACAGUGACCAGUCGACACGCCGCGUCCCUUUCGACGGCUAACAGGACGGUCUGGAACUCGUCUGAGGUGAAACUCAUUUGCAUUUCAGGGAAAAGGGCGUCGGUCCGUUUAGCCAACGAGGAGCCACCGGUCGAGGAGACCAAAGCUCAAGGCAUUUAACGCUAACGUGCACCUUUAAGCUAGCAAGUCUAAAGAGCAGGAAUACAAGAGGGUGAACAUGAGUUAUGCAAUUUCUUCCUAAUCAUAUUGAUUAGAGCUAUCAGAAUAGAGGUCGGAUGUGUGUUAGGCUACGCUGCACGGCUGAAGGUUUGGGACACCCCUGCUGACCAGUGAGCUUGGCUGUUUUGGCAGUAGAAUGAAGAGCGCAGUGCCGUUAAACAAAGCACUGUCACAGGAUGACGCCUUCCCAUUAAAUCAUUUUGUUAAACGACAGCUCGGCCACCAAGUAAUAAAUCACACAAGCUCACACAAUGCUUACUGUUAUAAGGCCUAUCAUGGAGAUUUUAGAAGUUGUUUGUUAGAAGCAUCAGAAAUCGGGUUUCACGGCCAAGCAUCUGAGUAAAAGCUUGAACUCGCUGUUAAUCAUGUCAAACAGUGUCUGCAGGGGUAUAAAACACAUCACUCAUGGACCCUGAAGCAAAGGAUAUGCUUUAUUUGGAGUGUUUUAGUAGCUGGCAGUCUGUUAGACAGAUCUGAGAGCACUGCUAGCUCGAAUGCAUUGUCUGCUGUGAAGUUACUACUAAGUUCUAGACUUCCAGUUGAAGCACCGUCAGUACAACCAAUGCUCUUCUGAAGCUUAGUGGUUUGGAUUUGUGUGAUUUCAGUUCAGCAUGCGCAAUUCCAAGCAUCAGCUGGAGUUAUUUAAAGCGCAAUGCUAUUAAACACAGUACAAGUAAAGACAAACUCUCUAAGGUGGUGAAUCAUAAUUACCUGCAAGUUAAAGUGAAAGAUGUAUCUGGUUUUGGAACAUGCCAGGGGAACAUAGACUGUCGAAAGUCACCAUGCCAGCUUGGAGAAGCUUUGGAAAACUUAUGCCUAGUUCACACUACACGAUUUUUGCCCUGAUUUUCGCUCGGCGACUGGUCGGCGCUAGAUUUGCCGGCUCGGGAGCAACUCGGCGUUCGCUCGGCGAUCGAAACUCGGCUCUCAAUCGCAAUGUGUGAACUACUCAACAGCUCGAUCCGAGUUGCAACGAGUGCUAUGUCGAACAGCCAAUGAGAACGCAAGAUACGGG